AAAACUAUAGAAUUAGCAGCAUGAGAACGAUUUGCCUUGUUAAUUGUCUUUAUAUAUAUUUGCGUGUUAAGAUUGGUAUUUUGUUCAGCAAAUAUGCCAUCGUGUACUGUGUACUUAAUAGGUAAAGACUCAACUGGCGGAGAAGGCGGUUCAAGCUGCCAAAGCCGCUGAAGCGGCCUUAUCAGGUAAAGAGGCAAUGGUCGAACAGCUGCUAGAAGAAGUCAAGGAAGCACGAUCGGUGGUUCAGGAAGAAACGUCUUCUUUGCAACAAGCACAAGCUAACGUCAAUGCUGCGAUCCAGGCAGCGCGGCAGUCACAAGAUCAGUUGAAGACAUUGACGAACGCAGUGCGUAGAGCCAAAUCGAACGCGGCAAACGCUCAGGCGGCUGCGAGCGGAGUGCAGAGAUCGCUACGAGAGAAAGAAGAACUACUAGAGGCGGCCAGGAGACGAGUGGAUGAAUUGUCAAAUCAGUUACGAAGUGCUCGGCAGGAUCUCCUGAACACGAGUCGUGCAGCGGCCAAAGCUAACGCUUCUGCGCACGAAGCGAAAGUGAACGCUAGAAACAAAAGGAGAUUGGCGAAUCUUAGGAGAUUGCGGAUGACACACUCAACUGCGACGCGAGCUACUUCUUGAGAUGAGACAUGCAGGAAGAUUUAUCAAAUUAAUAUGAUCAUGAUUAAUACUAAUAAGAUUGUGCACUUUAACAGUUUUGGACGACUUUUUUUACAAAUAUACAGAUUUCGCGUUUAUACAUAUCUUUUGUAAUAAAUGAUCGGAAGAAAU